UAAUACGCGCACCUGCUGUACUUCAAGAUGGCUGCGCCCAGUAAAGCAAAACAAUGAAUUUUUCUUCCUAUAUUUACCAUAUCAUGCAGUUGUUUCUGGUUAAAUACCAAAAUUAACAAUCUUUGUCAAAGACAAAAGGGAUUAUUAUUAGACAAGGACUUUCCGUGUUGACCAGUAAUUGAAUCCAUGAUUAUUCAUAACUUUGAUGCAAAUUAUAUUUAAAAAUUUGUCAGAUGAUUGAGACAUAAAUAAUUUAUGAUAUAGUGUUUGAAUGUUGACCUAGGCCAGGUGUUAUCAGGAGAGACUUUUACACAGGAACUGCAAAUAAACUAAAAAUGACGUAUCCAAUAGAACACAAAACUGUGUUUGUGCUUGAUAGAUCUCCUCAUUUUGCCAAAUCUUGCAAAGAAAGCAUUGAAUAUGAUGCACUGUCUAAAGUUAAGGCACCAGGUGUUAUCCCAGCUGCUCCAAUCACAAAGUCACUCUGGACAUGCAAUGUUGAAACAAUGGUGGAGUAUAUGAGAAUUGUGUUUGAUAUUUUUCCCGGCACACGACUGAUCCAGGUAGUUGUUGGAGAGCAGUCUCUGAACUCAUGGUCAAAUAAAGAACAGAAUAUACAACAGGUUAUGCUAGCAUUGGGCCAUGUAGGUCCACCAAGUGUGUGCAGUAAGGAAGAUGACUAUGAUUUAUUACACAGUCUUUCUCAUGCUAUUGAAGCAUUAUGUGAACAGACUGAGUUACAGCAGCAGUACAGUCCAGAUGAUAUACAGAACAGAGGGAGAAUCAUUUGUUUGACUUCUGCAAGGAGUGAAGCUCAGAUACGUAUGUUUGAGGAGUAUGUGCAGGAUGCCAUGAACCAACACAACAAGUUAGCCAGUGGUUCUGACACAUUACUUCCCAUACAGCAUUGUGAGUUAGUCAUUAUACACAUUGUUCCAUUCGGAGAUGACAGUAAAAUUGCAGAUAAACCCCUUCGACAGGUUUCUACCUCUUUUUCCUGUGAAUUACAUGCCACUCCAUCAGGAACACCUCUAUAUAAUAAGUUGAUACAUCUUUGCCAGAAGCAAUAUGACCUUGCCUCCACAACAGUCACAGGUAUUCCUAUGAAGGAAGAACAAAAUGCCAGUUCUUCAGCUAACUAUGAUGUAGAAUUGCUGCAUCCAUCAGAAGCUCAUGAUGACCUACUUAAAUCAGCUGCUUCAGAUGGUUUGGUCAUUCCAUCAAAAGAAGGAUUACCUACAGAAACUAUUACGCUCAAAUGGUGUACACCAAAAUCAAAUAUUAUAGAACUGAACUACUGUACAGGAGCCUACAGAAUCACACCUGUAGAUGUCAACAGUAGACCUUCAUCUUGCCUAACAAACUUUUUACUCAGUGGUAGAGCUGUCAUGCUUGAACAGCCCAGAAAAUCUGGUACAAAAGUUAUCUCCCAUCUGCUGGCCAGUCAUGGAGGAGAAAUCUUUGUUCAUGCCAUAAAUACAGCCAGAUCCCUCCUAGAAGACCCACCCUCUAUCAGUGAAGGGUGUGGGGGUAGAGUAACUGAUUACAGGAUAAACGAUUUUGGAGAAUUUAUGAAAGAAAACAGACUAGCUCCAGCUACACAUGAAAUGACUGCUAAUCAAACAGAAGUACCAUUAUUAAAAGCUAAGAAAAGGUUGGAGAGAAUGAGUAGAUAUUGGCCAAUGGUUAUCAAUGAAACAAUCAUAUUCAACAUGGCAUCUCAUAUAGACCCAUUACCAUCACUGAUAAUCAAGGAUACUCUGGACGAUGAAGAAGUAAUGGAAUGUAAGAAAGCUGUUUACCAUGUGGUUGGUAUGGAGAGUAGAAAUGAAGCUUUACCCAUCCAGUUGUCUGGUUCUCGUGGGAAAGGACCAAAGAGGGAUGAACAAUAUAGACAGAUGUGGUCUGAAUUAGAGAUGUUAAUCAAAGGUUAUGCUGAUACUUCACCCAACCACCAGAAAGUUCUAGAAUGUCUCCUAGAUUGUAAAAAACCAACGGCGGAAGAUAAAUCUCCAAAGAAAGGGGAUAAAGUUUUUGCAAAAGAGGAAAAAAUGGAUGUUGAUUCUCAGGUUGAACAGUCAUGGAAAACUCUGGAUAAAUUCCAGAAAAUGACAGAAAGGGAGAAAUCAGACUACAACAAAAGUGAUUCUGGUCCUCCAUCAAAACGAGCCAAGUUGGAGGAACCUACAGCCAGCACAGGAAGUACUUCAGGACCACAGAAUCUCUUGUCAUUAUGGACAAACAGAAUUGCUUCAAUCCACUCAAAAAGACAUGUGGAAUUUGCAGGGCGACUGGAAAGUAAAGAUAAUGUGGCUGAAUUAUAUCAACAUAUGAAUGAAGAUAAGGGAACCCCAAUGGAAACAGGCACAGAAAAUAAACAGCAAAACAGAAUGUAGUUUCAAAAUACUUCCACACUGUUAUACAACAAAUCUGACAAUUUUGUGACUAUUUGUCAUUUCAAAGGACAGAAUACAUUGAAUCUGAAAUGUGCAAUUCUUUAUACACAAGUAAAUGUAUGAAUAAUUCAGUUUUAACUGUUUUGAUACUAAACUAGAC